GUAGACAGAAAAGUUAUGCAGAUAACAGGAGACGUGAUUUGGUGUUUGGGGUUGGAGACCAUGUAUUCCUUAAGGUGUCUCCUAUGAAAGGAGUAAUGAGGUUUGGUGUUCGUGGUAAAUUGAGUCCUAGAUUUGUUGGGCCAUUUGAGGUUUUAGAUCGAAUUGGUGAGGUAGCUUACAGACUUGCCCUACCACCUUCACUAGUUGGAGUUCAUAAUGUUUUUCAUGUCUCAAUGUUAAGGAAGUAUAUACCGGAUCCUAGUCAUGUGAUUGAUCAUGCACCGUUGCAGUUUAAGGAGGAUUUGACAUAUGAGGAACACCCUAUACGAAUUGCUGAUAGGAAGGAACAGGUUUUGAGGCGUCGAGUCAUUCACUAUGUUAAGGUUCAAUGGAGUAAUCACUCGGAAAGAGAAGCUACUUGGGAACUUGAGGAUGAAAUGAGACAAAAGUAUCCCCAACUUUUUGAGACUCCAGGUUUGUGAGAUUGAGAUGGAUCUUGGUAAUUUGAGAUUAGCUUGGGAAAUAUUAUUUUAGCUGUUUGAGGUAAGUAACCCUCUAUCACUGUUGGUUUAUUUUUAAUCCUAUCGAAUCGUUUAAAAUCAUAAAUAUUUAUUCGU